CCCGGGUAAGGGCAGCGGAGCGGAGGGAAAAUGGCGGAGGAGGAGAAGCUGCCCGCGGGCUGGGAGAAGCGCAUGAGCCGCAGCUCCGGUCGUGUUUAUUACUUCAACCACAUCACCAAUGCCAGCCAGUGGGAGCGACCCAGCGGCGGCGGCAGGAACGGGCAAGGGGAGCCCAGCAAGGUCCGGUGCUCCCACCUCCUGGUCAAACACAACCAGUCCAGGAGACCCUCAUCCUGGAGGCAGGAGAAGAUCACACGGACCAAAGAUGAGGCCCUGGAGCUGAUCAAUGGUUACAUCCAGAAGAUCAAGUCAGGAGAAGAAGAUUUUGAAUCUCUGGCCUCUCAGUUCAGUGACUGCAGCUCAGCAAAAGCUGGAGGAGAUCUGGGAGCCUUUGGGAGAGGUCAGAUGCAGAAACCCUUUGAAGAUGCCUCCUUUGCUCUGAGGACUGGUGAGAUGAGUGGCCCAGUGUUCACAGACUCAGGGAUCCACAUCAUCCUACGCACGGAGUGAAGUGCCUUUGGGUGCCACCUGGGAAGGAAAAAAGGCUGAGGGGGAAGAAAAGGAAAAGCAAAACUCAACCAAAACCACCCCCAAAAAAAACCCAACAAGACCCAACCAAACCUGCUCCAACCCUGCACUUCAUGUCUGAUGUUCAAAGAAGAGAACCAAGGAAAAUGGAAGAAAAAGAAACCCCAACCCAACCAAACCCAACUCAUUUCCUAUCUCAGCAUCUUCUGUGGCACCUGAGAGGAUGGUUUUUCUGGCCACCUGCAGAGAUGCUUGGUCAGCCCAGGGUGAGAAGGUCCCCCAAGAUCAGACAAGGAGGAUCCUUCAGCAGCAGAGAGAAUGUUCCAAAGGCUGCUGGAGUGAGGAGUGACAUGGCUCCAGGAAUUGUCACUGCUGG